UGAAUGCGCUCGACAGGUGGAGCUUUGUGCAAGCACAAUGGCGUACUCCUGGCAACAAAUUCCUGCUGGUUAUCAACAGCAAAACGUACGCGCAGUUAGCCAACAACGACAGCAAGUACCUGGGUCUUAUCAACAACAAGCACCACCACAGGCACAAACUAUUGACCAAAACUACCUGUGGGACAUAUUUCAAAGGGUGGAUAAAGACCGUAAUGGCCAUAUAACUGCCCAUGAGCUACAACAAGCUCUUUCAAAUGGAACGUGGCAGCCUUUUAAUUUUGAGACUGUAAACUUGAUGAUUGGCAUGUUUGAUAUGGAUCACUCUGGUACCAUCACGUUCAACGAGUUCUCUGGGCUGUGGAAGUAUGUGACAGAUUGGCAGCAGACGUUCAGAUUUUUUGAUCGUGACAACUCCGGCAGUAUCGAUCAGAAUGAAUUGAAAACGGCGCUCACAUCAUUUGGUUAUCGAUUAUCGGAUCAGUUUUACAACAUGAUUGUGAGAAAGUUUGACAAGAGUCGACGUGGGACUGUGGUAUUUGAUGACUUCAUACAGUGCUGUGUACUUAUACAGACGGUCACUAAUGCAUUUCGGCGAUAUGACACGGACCAGGAUGGAUUAAUCACAAUCAGAUAUGAGGAUUUCCUGACCCUUGUAUUAAGCCUGAAGAUGUAAUAGAAAUGUUUUCAUUUAUAGUUUCUUAAGCCUGGUGCACACGCAAGCUAUAUGCUACGGUUUUAGUCGUCGGAUGUUAACACAGGAAAUAAUUGGUGUAUCCCGCACACGCUACGCCGUGUGCGCUGGUUACCGAUUAACAUCGGGAUAAACAUUGCGAGAUCGAUCAUGUGACUUUGGAAUUGGCAUUGUUAUUAAGAGCAUGAGUGAUAGCUUUUAACGCAUGUGACCUCUUAUUGCGGUCUUUGUAUUCAGAUGAUGUUGUGUCAUAGAGACAUUUAUGCUGCGACCAUAUAUCAACAAGUAAUGCUUCCUUUUCGUCGUCCCAAAAAAAUGCGCGGCUUCUAUGAAUGCUGCCAUUUUGUGGAUCAUGUGAUUUUUGCUCGAUGCUGAUUGGCCCUUGUAACCAGAUUUUUCCUUUGAACCCCACACACGCUACGGUCCAAUUUUAUCUGUGUGGUUUUUAUAAAUAGAUAUCGGUAGAUAUCAAACCAGCUUGAUAUGCUCUGAUCAGUAGCAGAAAAAAUCGCAGGAUAAUGAGACCGCACAUGCUCCGAUUUCACCCGCCAGUUGGGAACGGGAAAAGUUGUACAGAAAAAAGGUGUUUAGAAAGUCGUACAGAACCAAAAAGUUGUACAGAAAAAACCAUAAUACAGAAAAAAAAAAACCCACAAGGUGGGCCAUGUGCGCCAGGCUUGAGUUCAAGAAUUAAAGAUAUGAAAACUCAAUUUUAAAAUAGAAUAAAUUUUUAACAAUAUUUUAAAUGAAAGUAUAACUAUGCGUGUGUUCUAUAUAAUACUGUAUGUUUUGAUAUUAUCCAAUUUCUCUUAAUGUAUUUAUAUACAUAAGUAUACCUCAAAUCAGUGAAACGAAAAUGGCUAUAUUGCUUAUGUUUUGGCAGCUUCAAUCACUAUGCCUAGGGUUGGAAUUUUCUGAGAUCACUAUAUUGAGGGUCACAUAUAUGUAUAUAAAUAUAUGAAUGUAAAUUUAUGAGUAGGCUCUACAUUUUCUUCUAUAUUUCAGUCCAACUUGUUAUAGUGCACAGACGUCUCUGGUUUUGUGUUGUAGUCACAUGCUGUCUUUGCGACAGUGUUGUAUAGGAAUACAUAGCAUAGUCAUAUAGCAUUCAUUAUUCACUCGAUAGUAGUGCAUUUUUAAGAUUUAAUCACAUUUAUUUGUACAAACACAUGUAUAGUUUUUAUAUCGUGUUUUAUUAUUGGAAAUAAAAUCAAGUACUUUUUAUAUCACAAUUUACUAAUAAA